AUGCCAAAUUUGGCUAACCCUACCCUUCCCCUACCUCCCAGCCGCAGCAAAUCCCUCUCCUUCCUCGGAUCUGGCGCCGCCACCCGCGCCCGCCACUUGUCGCCACCAGAAACCGCCGCCACAUCGCCCAGGCCAAUCCCCAACCUCCACGUCGCCACCUGCGCGCUGCCGGACCAACCGGAAGCCGCCACGCGUCCUCCCCGCCGCCGAGGCCCGCAACCGGCCCGCCCCGGGCCGCAUCUGGGCCCGGCGCGCCCGCUCCCCUGCAGCCGCGCCCCGAUCCAGCGCCUCGCCCUGCGCGCCUCCCUCCGCGCCGUCCAGCUCCUUGCCGCCCGUCUCCGGCGACCGGGCCCCGCCGCCGGCUGGCUCCGCCGUCACCGUCCCUCAGGCAAGUCGCCGUCGCCCCUUCCCCUUUCUCCUCCUUCUCUCCAUCUCGCUGCCUCACUUUCUCUCUCCCGCAGGAGGUCCUCGCCGCCGGCCUUCCCCGCCUGCCAGACCCCGCCGCCGCCGGGAAUGGGCUCCCGACGCCCGGAUCCGGCCUCCCCUCGCCGGAUCUGUCCUCCUCCGUCGCCUCCGCCGAGCUCCGUCGCUGGCGCUGCCAUGGCCGAUCGGGAGGAGCCCCGAUCCGCCGGCGCGUUGACCGCGCGUGGUCUCCGCGUGGGCCCCGUGUCUGGCGCAGCCCCGGCCUUCCCGCGGCCCAGGCCCAGCUCCGGCCCAAGUCUCGCCGGCCUGCUGCGUCCUCUCCAAGCUGGGCCAAAGCCCAUGGUGAGCGAGCCCGCCUAA